AUGGAAGCCACUGAAUAUUUUGACAACAUGAUCGGUCUAGUUUCGCCAUUGGCAGGUGUUCACAACCUUGAUCUUUCUCCAGAUUCUUUGACUGAUACCAGUGGGACCCGUUCAAUUUGGGGUCAGUUGACUCCCAGUGCUGAUGAUCCAUUUUCUUCCAUGUCUAUCUCCGAUGCGGAACCCUUAUCUGUCCGAUCGUAUCGAUGCGAAGAUGAAAUUAUUAAUGCAUAUUACAUCUAUAUUCAUCCGUAUCUUCCUCUAUUGCCGCCACCACUAGUACCUAUUCACGAAGAUCAACCGAUUCUGACUAGAUCCUCGGAGGCGACCACAGAAGCCCGACUAUCAGAUUUACCUUUUUGGCCACGGUCUUCUCUGACCCUCGCAUUAUCAGCAAUUCUGGUGUUGAUACCACCCUCACAGGGUCCACUCUCAAUGACAGAGGCGAGCAUAGGUGUCAGACGCUCUUAUGCUCAGCUUUUUGCACAAACAGCGUUGGAAAAUGCGGAAAAAGAAAUCGAUAAUCUUGGACUGAAAGGGUUUGAAGCUGAGCUUCUUCAGGAUCACAAUCCUUUACAUUCUAAAAUUCCUCUUCGCCUUGAUCCCAUCUUAGCUCUUGUUGUUCUGGCCAUCUAUGAGUAUUGUCAACGGGGAAAUGUAUCAAGAAUGCGGGGGCGUAUCAACCAGGCCAUCACAACAGCUAUGGACAUUUCCCUUCACAAUCUUGGGUCAAAAAUCACCGAUUUUUCCGAAGCACAACGCCGUACAUGGUGGAUGACGAUGUUCAUCUCCUAUUUAUCUUCAAAUCUUCAUCUUGCACCGCCGAUUAUUACUGCAGAUGAUCCGCGAAUCACAACACCUUAUCCUACAUUCUGUGUCCAUUUAGAGAAGCCUUGGGAUAUCUUGAUGAAAGCGCAGAAAACUCUGUAUGCGUCAAAUAAAAUGGUUCAGACUAUAGAGGAUGUCACAGAGAAAGUUCCUCCACUGGAUCUGAGCAGCAUGAUUCAGGACCUCGAUGAUGUCAUUGCGUCAUUGAUGACUGAAUCUGACCGCUACCUUAAGACUACAUUUGAUUCUGAGAACGAAGGAUUGAUAGCCGAGAAUAUGUGGAGAAUCAGUCGAAUUUUGAUAUACACAGCACGAACCCGUCUACAUCGCUUCAGAGCCUUUAUGGAUAUCCCAUUAUUCUUGGACAAGUAUUGUCAUCUCACAUCUAUCAACAAUCAGUUCUCUGAUUCUGAUUCUUCAUCUACGCCUAAAUGGGUUACAGAUCGUGACUCGUCAUUUCCGUUUACUGAGCAAGAAUCUGCUAACAUAUGCCUCAAAGCCUCACUUGUAGUCGCAACUGCGUUUCGGAAUUUACCAUACCCAAAUCCCGGCAGGUCACAAGGUGACCAACGGUCAUUUUCAAACACAAGAGACUUCCCGUCAUACGGGGGAUAUACCUGUCAAUCUCCACAUACAAUUCCCUACUUCGCCUGCUGUGCUAUGCAAAGUUGUUAUACUUUGUUGAUGGUCCUUCACAAGAUUCGUGCCUGUUCAUUAACCGAUCGUCUCUCAACGUGUUAUCAUUUAUUGAACAGGCCCGAGCCAGAAACCGAGCUCUCCGACGCCGAGAGACUGAGCGAAGAGCUGCGACGAGGAGUUGAAUUUCUUGGGCGCUCUUUGAAGUCUGAUAUUGUAUUCGAAGGUGUCGGUGGCAUGGGGCGUGAGAUUGAGCAUGCAUAUCUGACCGCAUUUCCUGGAAGCUCGGAAAUUUAA